AUAACUUAUCCCAGAAUCCAGCAUUCCACUGACCAGAAUAGCCAAUUCUCUGUCAGCAGAUGGAUGGUUCAAGGGAACCCGUGAUGGAAGUGGCGGUGCGGAACUUCUCGCUAAAUGAAAGCAGUAACAUAACAGCUGGAUUUGGCGGACCACCGAGACAUUAUACCGACCAACAGGCAGUAUAUUACUUCAUUCAUGCCUAUGUCUUACCCAUAAUCGUUUUCAGUGGCUUGAUUGGAAAUAGUUUAUCAUCGUACGCUUUUAUGGAGAAAGGUCUACGAAAUAUAUCGUCGAGUGUUUACGUACAGGCCGUACUUAUAUCAGACACUGGUGUUCUAAUAUCAUUACUGUUCGUUUGGCUUGAAGUUCUAGGCUACCGUUUCAAUCAUAUGCCCCAUCUGUGUCAGUUCCUGGUCUACUGGGGGUAUAUAUGUACAUUCUUGUCAGUCUGGCUAGUUGUUUGUAUCACCGUUGAGAACUAUAUAACGAUUUGUCACCCGGCCCGGAUCAGAUCAAUGUGCACAGUGCGACGUGCGACCAUGGUGACCACUUCGUUGGCGUUCCUAGCGAUGGUGGCCUACUUGGUGUCAAUUUUUACAACUACUGUACAAGUUUACCACGUGGGUGGCAGAAACAUUCCUAUGUGUCUACCUUCCCCAGAACUCCGUGACAUCGCGUCCAUGGUUGCCUACAUCGACACAUUUAUUACACUCCUCAUCCCGCUGAUCUUGAUCACACUGAUGCUUGUCGCCAUUUGCCUUGCUAUAUGUCGGUCCAUACAGAACAAGCGUAAACGAAGUGCCUUGAAAUCAUCAAAGAACAAAAUGAAAAUGUCUACUAUUCCACAGGUCAGGGUCGCAAAGAUGCUUGGUGUGUUGUCGGCAACGUUUCUAUUGUUAAACGCUCCAAGUCACAUAACCAGACUAUAUCUCAGCUUCCGGCCUAGUGCCUCAUCUAGCGUCACAUUCAGAGAAGCAUUUAUUCAACUUGCUCUGCAAUUUGUUUAUUAUUCAAACUUUGCUGUGAAGUUCCUUCUAUUUUUUAUUUGCAGUAGAAAUUUUCGUAAAUCAUUCAGCAGAUACUGUAAACCAGCCUGCCUAACCACCCCUGAAAAAUAUUCAUCAGUCAACUGUGAAACAACAGAAAUUGAUACUAUCACAAACGGAAUUGAGAACAAGGAAAGGAGCCUUGAUGAAUUUUAAGUUUCAUUUCACAAUGGAACUUACAGAUGAGACACAAUGUAAGCCUAUAGGGCAAUUGGUGCUUGUUUUUGAAUGCGAUUUUCGGAUUUGAUCAUUAGAUAUAAUUCUACUGAUCUCGAGAUACAUUGAAAGUAAAUCAAAUUGGAGCUGGAUAUAAUAAACUUUCAACAAGUGUUAUUGAUUCGUGAAGGUUUCGUUAAAUGUUUCAGCUUGGGUCAAAAUAUUGGCUAUUAUGUGAGAUGUACAACAUAUCUUGUAAUGACAUUGUCUUAUUUUCUUUACUAUAUCUAUUUACACAUUUAUCAUGUUCUUUUGUAAAAGGCGUUCAUACUGGUAUGUUUCUUCUUUCAUCUUAUACUAUUUUUUUCUAUUGCUCUUCACUUUGAAUUGAAAAGAAAGAAACGUCUAACCUUGAAUAUGUAUAUUGAAUGGCAUAGUUAAACGAAUAUUUUUUGUCUUUACUUGCUUCAUUGUGUUCAUAGCCUGAUGAUUGAUAUUUAAGCAUAUUUUAUAAAUCAGAAUAGAAUAUGCGAACAAUUGCGACAUCAACACAGGUUUUCUUGUAAUUAACAAUAAAACGUUAAUCAACAUAAAUUUUGGAGUUUUUUUGGCAAAAGAAAUUCUACGCAUAUAAAAUUGAUUAAAAUAUUAAAACAGUCACAAGGUUGAGAAAUCGGAUAAGGGUUUCAAUCAGAUCUAAAAUUGUUAAACACUGCCACUUUAUCACCAUGACAGCAUCUGUUUUACUGAAAUUUAAAAUCUGACUGCCUAAAAUAUAGAUAAUACCAUACGGUGUACCAAGGUGGCUACGCCCAUGAGUCGGCCUGGUUUGUUAUCUGACAUCUUAUAAAACAACGUUUCUGAUUGGUCAGAUUUUUCGUAGCCAUGUGGUCAGAUUACUGAAUUUGAUUCAUGAAUAUUUCCACGAGAUUUUUUGUGCCUGUGCUAACAUGGAAUCAAUCUAAACAACGUGUAUGCGAUGAUUAUAAUGAUAUUAACGAUCAACGUAUCAGCAUCUUGAGAGACAGAUGGGAAGAUACUUUUUGUCUGUGUCUGAAAUAAGAAGAGUACAGUACACAUUUAACAAGAGACACUGGUGUCUUCACAAAGGUGUCGCUUGAUAUUUGUCGGCCUAUUUAGUUUCGAUAUCUUCCAAAUUUCUGGAAAUCAUGUAAUAAUUGAAAUAAAGCAACGAAAUCCAUAAACAUUAAUUCUACGAGUGCAAUGAGUUGUAAAUAACAGCCACCUCGUAUGAAUGUCAUUAUCGAUAAUGGUCUAGACAAGAUCAACACUGUUAUACCAGUAGUGUCAAUGGACAAUCGGGCAAUCUCGUGGAAUGGUCGGAACCUUGAAAUGAGAAUGACAGGUUAGUAUAUGAUCGGGUAAAAGGUCAUCGUUAAUGCUAUGACAGUUUACUGUGAUGACAUGACUGAGCCAGUCCAUGAGUGGAUCGAUCAUCCAUGGUCUCCUCAAAUCCUAAAUAAAACAUAAUACUACUGUUUCGGUAGGUGCAUAACUAAAACGUUGUUGGCUGUAUGAGAAAUGGGUUCUGUUUUUUCAGUGUAAUUUAUUGUGCUAAUGACAAAAAC